AUGACCUGGCCCGAGGUGACCCGCCUCUACCUGUCAACUGACUACAAGAAAAACGCCAAGCUCUUCAACGACUCGCUGGCGGUCAACUACCCUUUCGCCUCGCUGGAGCAGAAACUGACCCUGCUGGAGUACUUCUGCGAGGAGUUUCUCACCUCGGCCAGCUGCCGGGAGGUGCUCAACAACGAGGGCACCAUCAAGCACGACGACAACUGCCGCGGCUGCCACCGAACCGGCGACCUGCUGUGCUGUGACACCUGUCCGGCGGUCUUCCACCUCGGCUGCCUCGACCCGCCGCUCCGGCAGGUGCCCGAGGACGGGUGGACCUGUCCGAUCUGCAGGCUGAACACCGUGGGUGGUGUCACCGACUGCGUCGGCGAGCUGGAACGGCUGGGCUACUGCUCGCGCCAGGAGCCGGUCGGCUGGGACCGCCACGGGCGCAAGUACUGGUUCCUCUGCCGACGGCUGAUCGUCGAGGACCAGAAGGAGGACGCCGACCAGGAGGUGGUGGUGGCCUACUACUCCAGUCGGCUGCAGUUUGACGAGCUGCUCGCCUCGCUGGACGCCGAGCACUACGAGAGCGACCUCUGCGCCGCCNUGGUGGCGGCGGUGGCCUACUACUACUCCAGUCGGCUGCAGUUUGACGAGCUGCUCGCCUCGCUGGACGCCGAGCACUACGAGAGCGACCUCUGCGCCGCCCUCGCCGAGCUGAAGGGCGAAAUCUACCGGCAGAUGACGAUCACCGAGCGGCUGACGCGGAUGGCGAAGGGGGCGCUCUACCGGCGAAAGAGCUACCUCGAGGUGGCGAACGAGGAGCUCUUCAGCAGGCGGGAGGGCAAGCUGAAGCUGAGGCUGGGCGAAGCCGAGGAGGAGGAGGAGAAGGCGGCUCUGCAGGAGCAGCUGGCCGAGCUGGAGGCGAAGCUGGCCGUCGAGGAGGUGGGCGAUGAUCGAACCAUUUCCAACACUGCAGCCGACGGCAGCGGAGUGCUCACCCGCCUGAAGACUGGGACCAUUCAGCCGAAGACCGUCUCGAUGGACAGCUUUAAGAAUCGCAUCAACUCCUACAACAACUUUAGUGCCGUGCGGGCGGACGAGGAGACGGUGAUCUACCUGAAGGAGGAGACGGUGAGUUUGGCGAAUGACGGAGACGACGGCAACAACUCCCAAACUCAAACGCAAGUCAGCCUGACGCGAAGGCCCCGAAAGACGCUGCCGGCCACCUUCCUCACCGAAAGCCUCUUCAAGCUGGGCCUGGAGGGCANAGGAGAUGGCAGCAACAACAACUCCCAAACGCAAGUCAGCCUGACGCGAAGGCCCCGAAAGACGCUGCCGGCCACCUUCCUCACCGAAAGCCUCUUCAAGCUGGGCCUGGAGGGCAACUACCGCCAGUACCAGAACAUCUACUCGCUGAACAAGUUCGCGCUGAGCAAGAAGCAGCUGGAGGAGGAGCGCCUGAAGCGGCGCGGCCUCAGCCACCGCUUCAGCCUGACGCCCACCUCGGAGCUGAAGUGGGCGACCUACAGCCACAUCAGCACCGCCCUGCCCGCCACCACCGUCUACGGCACCCGCUCCACGGUGGUGAACGUCCUCCGGCAGGCGGUGCUCUACCUCGAGUCGCAGCUGCCCGCCAUGCUCCUCCACCCGGUCUGGCACCAGGGCAAUCGGCGGGCGGCCUUCACGCGCGCCGUGGCGCAGUGCGCCGAGCCGGCGGACUUUGCCGCCGUCCUCCAGACGCUCGAGUCGGCGAUGAAGCCGGUCCUGCUUAACGGCCACUGGUUCGAGGCGAUCGGCUUUGGCGCCGGCAUCCAGCGCAGCGUCUUCUCCGAGCGAGAGGAGGCGAAGAAGCGGAAGGAUCGCUUUGGCGGCGGCGGCGGGGCGGCGGGCAGUGCCCUCGCCCAGGAGAACAUGACGGCGGAGAAUGAGCUGGCGGCCAUUGCCGCGGGCCGCAGCUCUGCCGUGGCGCUGGCCGCCGGCGUUGGCGUCCGCCUCGUCUGCGGCAAGCUGAAGCACCAAAUUUGGAAGCAGAAGGGCGAGGAGUACCGCCNCAUUGCCGCGGGCCGCAGCUCUGCCGUGGCGCUGGCCGCCGGCGUUGGCGUCCGCCUCGUCUGCG